CUCCCACUCUCUGCGAAAGCUCCACAGUGCCAACAUCGAGAGAGAGAGAGAGAGAGAGAGAGAGGCUCUCUGCGGAAUAUCAGAAACCAGUUUCGAGCUUGAAGGUAAGCAAGGAGAAGAAAUGACGAGGCAGCAGACGACACACUGGUGGUUGUAUGACAGUCACAGCAACUCCAGACGCUCUCCAUGGCUUCAAACCACCCUCGCUGACCUAGAGCAUAAGACAGAGGACAUACUAAAGCUGAUUCAGGAAGAUGCAGAUUCCUUUGCUCAACGUGCAGAGAUGUAUUACAAGAAGCGGCCGCAGCUAAUCAGCAUGGUUGAAGAAUUUUAUCGAGCUCACCGGUCAUUGGCUGAGCGAUAUGAUCAACUUAAGUCUGAUCCAGGAACUCGUCUCCUGACAACAUUAGGGUCUCCAUUCUCUUCCUCCAAAUGCCAGUCUGAGAAGUCAAUGAGCGUGGUGGAUCUGAACUUUGAUAGCCACUCCGAAACUUGUGAACCUGAGGAGUACUCCGAGUCUGAAGUUGAUGAUCCGGAACCGGAUGGUGAAACCCAAGUUGAUGAAGAAAUGAAAGAGAAGGCUUCGGGUGGGGUUACUGAUGAUGAGGUGAGGAAGUUAAGGAAAGUAAUAGAGAAGCUUGAGGAAGAGAACAGAAUCCAAAAGGAUCAAAUAAAGCAGAAAGAUGAAGAGAAGAGAGAGGUAAUAAGACAGUUAAGUUUAGCUGUGGAUAUGCUCAAAGAGGAGAAUGUGGAGCUAAGAAAGAAGUGCCUUGCCAGAGAAUCACCUAAAAAUUCGAGCCCCUCUGAGUGCAACAAAUUCACAGGGACAUUUUUAAGGAAGCUGUUUAAUAGGUCUCCGAAGUUUCAUCCUACAAUUGUUGCACUCUAGAUGCAUGUUUACAUGUUUGUAAUAUGUAUAAUUUGUAGUACACAGUUUACUUAGAUGUCUAUAUCGAUUAUAGGGGCCUUUCCCCUUUAAUUUAAGUUAGGAAUUUGAAGUUUUAUCUUUGAAAUAGCUCUAACAUUUUGAUAUUCUUUCUGUGUUGUUUGCAUUGCCUGUAACUCAAUUAUUGUCUUUACUCUAAUAUAAUUUUGAUUUUGUA